AUGACUUUAGAUUCAGUUGAAGCUUAUCACAUUCUCCGUAAUGGAAUUACUGGUGGUUUAUCAAAUGUUCAACAUAGAGUAAAUCUUAAAGGAAUCACGCACAUUAAUAAACUUUCAUAUAAUCCAGAAACUAAAACUGUAUCAAAUGAGGACACCACCAACAUUAUGACUCAUUUCGUUGGUGUUGACUUUAAUUCAUUAUAUCCUUCAUCAUUUUCAUCUAAUCCUCAUGAUUUCAUUCAAUAUACUGACCAUAAAAUGUAUAUGCCGGGAAGAUUGAAUGGUGUUAUCAUUUGUGAUACAGCAACAAAGAAAGCAAAAGCACUGGGAAUAAUUAAGAAGAAAAAUACUUUAUUCGUGGCUGAAGUAAAGGGUCACAUUGAUGAAAAAUACAUUAAUGAUUACAUAAACUUUUUACCGAUAAUAAGAAACUUAGAUAUUAUCACAGAUGAAAAAACAAUUGGCAGUUUUAUGUAUAAUUACAUGAAAUCAAACAAUCUACCAGUUGACCAGAAACAGAGGAAAUUAACUCAGUUAGCAUCAACACACAACCAAUAUCAACCAUUUUCUUCUUAUUAUCUUUGG